CGUGCCUCCUCUGGGUUUGCAAGAUGUCCUGCAUCCUCUCCUUGUUUUUUGCGUUUUCAUUUGUUAAAUAUAUGUUGAAAUGAUCUUGUUUUAAUUACUGUAAUAACUAUUUUGGUAAUAACAUUUUUUUAUUUAUAAUGUUGUUAACUGUGCUCUCAUUCUCUCAGCCCACAAGUAGCGCUUCGUUGUCCUCGGCCGUGUCCAGCACUGUUUCAUGCGCCACAGGGAGGAGGACCCCGUCACCUGGCCACAGUCCCAGGAGAUACGUUCAGACUGUUUCCCCUCUGUCUCUUCCUCCUUCUCCUGUGUCUUCGAUGGCCUCCACUUCCUCGGUUCCAUCAGCCGCUAAUAGAGUUGAAGUGUCAGCUACCACCUCCACUGGUUCCUCCUCUGCUCCUCUCCCCCCUGUGACCUCAGCACCUGCUGUUGCUUCUCCAUCUAUUGCUGGUCCCUCAACCCAUCCUGCUCCUGACCCUUUUCCGUUGGCCGGAAAUGUGGAGGCUGAUGCUGGUUCAGCACCUGGCUGGCUCCCUGCUAAACUCCUGAAGACCAUUCCUCUUCAAGAUCAGAAAUGGAUUUCAGCAGCUUUGUGGAAGCACCAGCGGCUGCGCUCUGACCUCAAACUCUGGUAUGAUCCACCAGAGCCAGCAUUGAUUUAUCACCAGAUCCCCACUCCAGAGCGAUUUUUCAAUCACCGGCUUCUUGUGUGGAUGCCAUACCACCUUUGGAAGGUCAGGCUUACCUGUCCUGUGUGUGGUAAACAUCUCACAGGCUAUGGAGCCCACAAGAGAGCCCGCCAGGUUCUGGAUAUUGACAGGUAUUACCUGUUGAUAACAGAGACUCUCUGGUGCAGCGCAGUUGGUUGCAAAACCAGCUACAUUUCCACCAGCAAAACCAUUUUGGACCAGCUGGACUUGGCCCACAGGCUUGAGUUCCGAAUAAUCCUUACUCAAAGAUAUGCUUGUGACAUGCGUGUCAUAAGAUUUCUGAGAGAGAGGACCCUUGGUAACAGUUCCUCCCGCUUGGUCAAGCAGCUGAGGGAAAACCACAGCGAGGAGUGGCUUAAGCAACUCUGCCGGUACCUUGGUGCAUGCUCGGACUUUGCUGCCCGGCCAUGCCUGCUCCCUGUCCAGUUCCAGGAGCCGCCUGAGCCAGUAGCCAUACCAUCUCACAGGUGGAUGCUGGCUGUUUAUGGCAGAGACAUCCUGAGCAGGCUUGAACACAUCAAGGCCAGCAUAACAUCUACCUUUGGCAGUAUCCUGAAAAUGGACUCCACGAAAAAAAUCACUAAGAAGCUGUCGGGCCUUGCCAAGGGGACCGCCUUGUGGCUUACAUCUGUGAGCAACGAGGUGGGCCAAAUCCUCAUCAGUGUCCUGACUGCUCAGGAGGGUCCCGCUCUGGACAUUAUGGUAGCUGACCUCAUCCGCAGGUACAGCAAUGCUGGUGUGACCCCUCCUCAGCUACUUUAUGUAGACUGUGACUGUUGUCUGGAGGGCAGAGGGCAGACUAAAUUGCAGCAAAGAUUUGGUGGAUGGCCAGACCUGGUUGUGAAACUGGAUAUAUACCAUUUCAUGCGGCGACUGGCAUCGGGGUGUACAAAGGAUGCACAUCCUUUGUACCCCAUCUUCAUGGCAAAGCUGUCAUGCUGCAUUUUUGAGUGGGACAGUGAAGAUGUUGCCUUGGUGCGGCGAGCAAAGAGGGAACAGUUGAAACGCGAAGGUGUCCCUGGCAUCACUGACAAAAUGGUAGACCAGCACAUUACCAAGGAUGAACUGGCCCGGCACUGCAGAAGGUGGACAAGAGGAGAGCAGCAGACCAUUGUUCUGAUUGAGUGCCUCUUAAAUGAGCUGAUGGGGGAAAAGGGCAGAGACCUUCUUGGUGUCCCUCUCUUGGACCAGGAGAGAAUGCAGCACAUCUGGCAAACCCAGAGGAGGCACGUUAAGUGCAUCCAGGAUGAACCAGGUGUACUCCUGUAUGCUCAGACUGGCACCACCACCAAAGAGGGCAUCAUCCUGCCAAAUUACAGGUGUGCUAGAGGGUCCACAUCGCUCGAGUCCUUCCACCUGCAUCUCAACAGGUUCAUUCCAGGAACGAGUGCCAACGGCCUGAAUUUCCAGCUGUACCUUCUGGAAGGCCUUAAGAGAUGGAACCAGGACCGUCAUGCCGCAUCUCUGGCAGUCAAGCCUCCUGCUUUGCUGACCUACUCAGGAGACCUUGUUCAAUGUGUCAACACACACAGUGUCAAGGUGCUUGGAAGGAAGCUCGUCCCCUCUUUUCAGCCACCGGCCGUUUACACUGGGGAGCUAAUAGGUAUCGAUUACCUGUACCGCCAGACAGGCCAGGCCCUGCAGGAUGUACAUCCUGACUCGGAGGAGACUGAUCAGAUGCUGGAGGAUGUAGGCACUGAAGAAGAGUUGGAAGUUGAGAGCUUUGAGGAUUCUGGUUUGAGCCUCAGCCUGGACCCCACCAUUGAGCUGCUGGACUUGUCCUCUGGUCCAUCACCCGACUCCACCAGCUCAGCCAGCCUUCCAACUCCCUCCUCUCUCCAUCCUACUGCAUCUUGUAGCGCUGCAGCAGCGACUGAGCAACAUGUGAUUGUUCACGAGCCCUCCGGCCCAUCAGCCCUCCCUGCCGGCUCCAGACUUCCUGUAGUGCUCCCAACUACUACCAGAUUCCAAGCUACUGUCCCUCCUGCUGCAACUGCUGGUCCUUCGGCAUCACCUCCCAUCACUCAUGCUGCACCUCAACAACAGCUUCCUUUGGAUGUUCCAAAAAGAAUCAGGUCUGGCCUAUCAGCUGUCACCACUGGCUCAGCUUCUGUUCGUCCUCUUCUCCCAACCACACUCGCAACCACUGUCCCUGCUGCUACAGCUACUGCUAUGGCUGGAUUACGAGCCAUCACCCCAGCAGCACCUGAGCAGCAACAGGCUGUGGAUGAGCGUUGUGUCCCAGGGAUGGAGCGUGUGGACUGCCUAGCCGAGUACUUGGUUGGGCUGAGGACUGAAACUGGCCAGACGCUCAACAACCAGCAGGCCAGCACUAUCAUAGCCCUGUGGCAGAACCUCCUGCCAUAUGAUCAGCAGCGGGUGACAUACGCUGCACGCCACCAGGUGCGUCUCACAUCAGGUCGCUGGUCCUGGCUAACGGUGCAGUCAUGCAGGGCACUACUCUGCACUUGUUUGAUGUUAAUCAAACAACUCUCAUUCAGUGGCACAAUAAGCGACUGAAGAGGCAGGACAGUAACAUUCUGCUGCAAGGGGUCAACUUGCCUCCUGCAAUUCCAGUAGCUCGUGCCCCUCUCCCACCCGUACAGAUACGCCCCGCUGUUGCACCCCUACAGCCAGGCCCACAACAUCAGUACCACUUGCCACCAAGUACAGCAGGACAGGCAGUGGUCAAGAGGAAGUCUGCUGCUCCAGCCCAUCACCUCCAUGCCCCGAAGGCUCUCUGCCCGAGAUUGCCAGCCCC